AUGAGUUUCUUCUCGCAAAACGCCAACUCAGGGACACAACCAGGUGGAUCCACUCUAGGGGCACCACCGACAAAUAACGCCACAUCAGGUUCCGGUACUACGAAUGUAUUUGGAGGCCCCUUGUUCGGAGGUGGAGGUACAGCUGGCUCAACAAGCGGAGGUACACAGCCAAGCACUAGUGGGGGGUCCUUAUUAGGAGGAACAACCUCAAGCACUCUUGCUAGUGGUGGUUCGUUCGGCUCAUCGAAUCCAGCACCAACCCCAGCUUCUGCAUUUUUUGGAAAUAACAACGCGCCGACACAACCAGCCACUGGGUCUGGUCUUUUCGGAAAUAACAGUGCGACGACACAAUCGGCCACUGGGUCUGGGCUAUUCGGAAAUAACAACGCGACCACACAACCAGCCACAGCCACUGGAUCUGGUCUUUUCGGAAAUAAUAGCGCCACGACACAACCGGCCACCGGGUCUGGUCUUUUUGGAAAUAACAAUGCGACGACACAACCAGCCACCGGGUCUGGUCUUUUUGGUACCCCCUCCAGUGCGACGCCAGCCAUCGGGGGUGGCAUCUCGGGCAACACAACCUCGACCACACCCGGUGGUGGGCUAUUUGGAAACGCUUCCCCUGCUACAGGUAAUAGUCUGUUCGGCAACACUGGUUCGGCUACAUCUGCACUGGGUGGUGGUCUGCUGGGCAACGCUACUUCUGCCACACCUGCCGCAGGCGCUACCAGUUCGACUACUCCUACGACAGGAGGAGCUUUGUUUGGUACUGCGAACAACACAGCCAAUGCCAAUGCCACUGCAGCAUCGACUGCAACUCCAGGCAGUGGGCUGUUUGGGUCGACUCCUGCUACCUCAUCAGGGACGAAUGCCUCGAGCGCACCAGGUACGCAGCCCACAACCAAUCUAUUCGGCGGUUUGGGUGCGAAGCCGGCGGAACAAGCGAGCUCUACAGCCGCUAAACCUGCAACUCUCAAUUCACCUGCAACAGGCACAUCGGGCGGUCUUUUUGGUUCGGUACCCAAGCCUGCAGAGAGCUCCUCCAAUACUACCAACUCGACCACGACAUCAGCUCCAUCUGGAGGGCUCUUCGGUGGCGCUUCGCUAGGAAGCAAGCCGAGUACUCCGGCACCUACUACCACCCUUACGCCGCCCACGCUGCCACCCUUCACACUCGGUGGGAAUACCGCGAAUACCGCGAAUAAGGAUGCGCCAGCGUCGAAGGAUGCAAGCUCAUCUGGCUCUUCCAUUCCCAACUUCUUCGCGAAGCCCAGCGAGAAAAAAGAUGCCCCUGCUACGUCCGCUCCCAGUACAUUGCCGUUCAGUCUCUUUCCGAACAAAGACAAGGACAAUGCAGCUGGCUCCACCGAGAAAAAGGAUGGUGCACCAGCCCCAUCGUCGAGUCUCUCAUUUCUUGGGGCCGGUGCUAUGAAGGAUAGUGACAAGUCGACCGGUGCGCAGGCUGGUACAUCUAACGCACCGAGCACCAGCGGGCCGCCAAUCGCAGUUCCGCCACCAUCAAUGCUCCGAGGCAAGUCGAUCGAGGAAAUUGUCAACCGCUGGGCGAUGGACCUCGAAGGCCAUGUUCGCGAAUUCAACAAGUUUGCCGGGGAGAUCGCUGUGUGGGACCGUGCUCUUAUCGAAAACAGCAACAACCUGGGGGCGUUAUACGCGCAUCUCGUGGCGGCGGAGCAAGAACAGAACGAUAUCGAUCAAUCCUUGGCUCACAUAGAACAGCAGCAGAAAGAUCUCGCGGCCACACUCGAUGCUUACGAAAGGUCAACAGAAGAGAUUCUUGGCGGGCAAGGGGGCAACCUUCGAGCCUUGGACACGGGUCCCGCCGACUCGGAGCGUGAUAAGAACUACAUGCUUGCAACCGAGCUACACGGUCAUCUCGAUGACCUGUCGGGCUCGCUCGCACAGAUGAUUGAUGCAGUGAACGGGCUCGCUCUUUCUUCCGACAAUACGACGCAGGACAAUGGCGAGGAUGCGAUGGGUCAAAUCGCGCAAAUCCUUAACAGCCAUCUCGAAAGUCUUGUGUGGAUCGAUGGUGCAGCACAGGAGGUCGAGUUCAAGGUCAACGAUGUAGAAAAGCGUGUACGACUAGCAUCGGAAAGCGGGGUUGGAGCUGGACUGAAGAAAGGGUUUGGUGUGAACGGCCAGCGGUGA